CUCUUAGAAACCCUAUUCUCCUGCCCCUCCUUCUCUUCCCUUGUUCUGUCCGUGUGCCUGGCAGCCAUGGAAAUUGACAAUCCGAGGGCUGAGCAACCGGCGGCAACCUUACCGGCGAAACCCAACUUUCAACCUCUAAAGGCCCACGAAAUCUCAGACGGCCAUGUCCAGUUUCGCAAAGUUACAGUCCCACAGCAUCGGUACACUCCACUGAAGAAAGUAUGGAUGGAAAUCUACAAUCCAAUCUUCGAGCAGAUGAAGAUUGAUAUCCGAAUGAAUCUCAAGAAACGUCGGGUUGAGCUGAAAACCCGAACCGAUACUCCCGACAUCAGCAACCUACAGAAGUGCGCUGAUUUCGUUCAUGCUUUCAUGCUAGGGUUUGAUGUUUGUGAUGCUGUUGCUUUGCUCCGUUUGGAUGAGUUAUAUGUGGAUUCGUUCGAGAUCAAGGAUGUGAAGACGCUAAGAGGUGAGCAUUUGUCUAGGGCUAUUGGUAGAUUGUCUGGGAAAGGAGGAAAGACGAAAUUUGCUAUAGAGAAUUCGACGAAGACUAGGAUAGUAAUUGCAGAUAGCAAGAUACAUAUAUUGGGAUCGUUUUUGAACAUUAAGAUUGCUAGAGAUUCACUUUGUAGUCUCAUUAUGGGGUCUCCUGCUGGUAAGGUUUAUUCCAAGCUCAGAGCUGUUACUGCUCGGGCCGAGAUGCUUUAAUUUUUGUUAUUGGAUUUGUAGGAUGUUUUAAGUCGCAAAUUUUGAUUUUGUUGGAAAUUAUUGGUUCAUAUAAGUAUUGUACUGAUAUGUGACUUGGGGAAUCCUGAGACUUUACCAAGUUAUGUUUUUUUCAAUAGAUGAAUACUUUAAGUAUGGGGUGAUUAUAUGUA